AUGCGGCGACCGCCCGGCGGCGGCCACACAGCCGGGACGCCGCCGCGUGGCAGCAGGAUAGUCCGCUUCCUGCGGAGCAGGUGGGCGCGGCUGCCGCGGGUCACUUCCAUUUGGCGGCGCAAGAAGCAGCCCCCGGGGCGCGUCGCCGCCGCCGUGCCGCGGGACCGUCGGGAUCAGUGGAGUCGAACGCUGACGCGGCCUGGCUUCUGGGCAAUGGGAUGGACGCCUAAGACGGCGGCGACGCUGCGGUUGUUCGUCGUCGUCGCUGCCGCCCUCGCUGUAGGCGUGGCUAUUGUCGCGGCGUUCCGCAUCACGCGUGACCUCAGCAACCGGAGAGGAGGCUGCGACAGCAAACCGAUUGCGCGCUGGGCAAAGUUCUUGGAGUUGAUGGAGCAUCCUCCUCUCAACUGCAACUACAAGUGUCUGCUUGGUGCGCCGAAGCGAGGACUGGAGUGGAUCUUAAGCAAGUAG